GUUCGUCGCCGCUGGAGAGUUUGGGCUCCGCCGAGGCCACCCCGCGCGGCAGCUCCACCAGCCCCAGACGGCACUGGAGGGCGGAAUCCUGGGCAAGAUGGAGUGGGUGUGGGCGCUCGUGCUGCUGGCGGCGCUGGGCAGCGCCCGGGCGGAGCGCGACUGCCGGGUGAGCAGCUUCCGAGUCAAGGAGAACUUCGACAAGGCGCGCUUCGCCGGGACCUGGUACGCCAUGGCCAAGAAGGACCCCGAGGGCCUUUUCCUCCAGGACAACAUCAUCGCUGAGUUCUCCGUGGACGAGAGUGGCCAGAUGAGCGCCACGGCCAAGGGCCGAGUUCGUCUCUUGAAUAACUGGGACGUGUGCGCAGACAUGGUGGGCACCUUCACAGACACUGAGGACCCUGCCAAGUUCAAGAUGAAGUACUGGGGCGUAGCGUCCUUUCUCCAGAAAGGAAACGAUGACCACUGGAUCAUCGACACGGACUACGACACCUAUGCCGUGCAGUACUCUUGCCGCCUCCUAAACCUCGACGGCACCUGUGCUGACAGCUACUCCUUCGUGUUCGCCCGUGACCCGCACGGCUUUUCCCCAGAAGUGCAGAGAAUCGUGAGACGGAGGCAGGAGGAGCUGUGCCUGGCCAGGCAGUACAGGCUGAUCACUCACAAUGGUUACUGUGAUGCUAAAUCAGACAGAAAUUAUUUUUAGCAACAUCGAGGAAGUCAAGUUUCAUUUGAAAACUUCCCACUAACUCUCACUCACACUUCGACUCUAUUUAUCUUAGUUUAGUUUGGCCCUCUCUUCUCCCCUUCCCUUGGUAAACAUAAAACCUUCAGUCACAUAAAAAUAUAUGUGGGAAUAAGUGAAUCUGUGUGCAUUCAAAUGUAUGUCUUUACUGGAGUUUUCUAAGGAAUCACUUGAGGCUUAGGAUUCCAGACUUUGAUUUAUUAAAAUAUAGUCACCCGUU